GCGUACGAAUUUUAUCAUUUGUAACGUUUCGGUGUGAUGCACACGGAGUCGGUAUCCAGCCAGUGUAGUUCCGGUGGGGUCGAUCACCAGCGCCGUGUAUCGUUGCUUUACAUUCGGCAUUCGAAGUUUGAACCGUGCGCAUGCCGGACGGACGUCAUCUCGGAUUUGCCGCGUAAAAGUUACGAUCUCUCGCGCGCUUCGAAAAAGUUUGCGUUUGUGCGUCUAUGGUCAAUUAAAAACUUAUUUUAGUGCCAAUUUUGGACGUUAAUUUGGAUUUUGGACAAAAAAUAUGAAAAGUUUCAGUUUUAUUUGUUGCAAUUUUACGGCGAUAAAGUGAUUGGCUAACAUUGACAGGAUUAUUUCUAAAGUGGUGUCAUUUAAAGUGCAGUGAAAAUGAAGAAAGGCGGUGAAAAACUUCUGGAGUCCUUGUUUUUGUUCAUCUUGGCUACGAGUGUUGAUGGGGUACAAAGGUUUGCGGAGCUGCCGACGUAUACGGAGGUGAACCCCGGAGAAGAUGCUCUGCUGAAGUGCCGGAUAUCGGACAAGAAGGGGGUGUGCUCCUGGCAGAAGGACAACAAGCCAGUGGGCAUCUACCGCGGAAAGUACGAGUGGGCCAACGAGAAUAGCCCCUCGGACUGCUCGCUGUGGGUGCGGGGGGCCACGCUGCAGCUCGACGACGGACAGUGGCAGUGCCAGCUCACCGCCAGCAACUAUGAUGUGCAGGACGCGCUCUCCAGUCCACCAGCAGCCCUGGCAGUGCGGGUGCCUCCACAAGCGCCCCGGAUCCUGUUCAACGGCUCCCACAUCAUGCCAGGACAGAACAUCACGGUGCCCGCCGGGUCCCGGGCCACGGUCGUCUGUGAGGCGCGGUAUGGAAACCCGCCGGCGUAUAUUGAGUGGUAUUUAGAAAAAGAGCGUCUCUCAGCGUGGAGCCAGACCAACGCGUCCGAGGUCGAACGCCCUCGCGUGUGGGCAGCCAGGUCCGUGCUGGAGCUGGCCGCCAGCAGGUCCGCCCGCGGCCGGCAGCUGGCGUGCCGCGCGCACCACCCGAGUUACCCCCAGCCUUACUACAAGGACGCGUUCACCAUGCUCGAUGUUACAUUCGUCCCAGUAGUAUCAAUCCAAGGCGCGGACGCCAGCACGCUUGCGAACCUGGAAGAAGGCUCCAGUGCCCUAACCCUGGAGUGCAAGGCGGAGGGCAACCCAAGCCCGUACGUGUGGUGGACCAAGGACGGACAGGUGCUGGCCACUAACGGACCCAUGCUGAUAUUGGCUCCCGUCGCGAGGAAUCAUUCUGGAAACUACAGAUGUCAGGCGCGGAACUCUCUGGGGACCUCCGAUGCUGCAAGAAUUGAUAUCGAUGUCAAAUACUCCCCGCGAGUGACCUGGGUGGGUCCGGACACGGUGGUGGAGGCCAACCUGUUCUCCAAGGUGACCUUGGAGUGCCGGGCCGAGGGCAACCCGCCGCCAGAGUACCAGUGGUUCCAUAACCCUAGCCCCACAUCCCACACGCGAGGCAUCCCAGAAGGGGAAUACCCAGUGUCUUCAUCAGCCCAUUUAGAGCUUCACAACGUGACCUACAACCAGCACGGCAGAUACUACUGUGUGGCUGUCAACCAGAUCGGAUUGGAGGACAGAAGCCACCAAUCAGAGGCCAUAACCCUGAACGUGCUGGGUCCUCCAGUGGGCGCGGACGCGGGCGCGGCGCACGCCUGGAGCGGGAACGAGGCGCGGGUCACCGCCACCGUGUGUGCCGACCCGCCACCCAGAAGAGCAGCCUGGCUAUGGGGAAGCUUAAGAUUAGAUGUGCCAUCACAAAUAGGUCGCUAUAGAGCUAUAGACCCAUCAGGAGUGGACGGGUGCUACCGCUACUCGCUGCUGGUGUCGAGCGCGGCGGUCUCCGACGCGCGGGUCUACGUGCUGCACGUGGAGAACGAGCGCGGGUUCUCCUCGCACGCCGUCACGCUCACUGUGCAUGAGACGGAGCACCUGGCGCCGCUGAUCGCGUCGGCGCUAGUCAUCGCGGCGCUGCUCGUCGUCAUCACGUGCCUCGUCAUCCGCUGCUGCAAGCGACGGAGAGAAAGCGUACAAUACAAGACUGAUGAUUUAGAUAGUGAAAAAACCGUCCUCCCAGCGGACGCGGUCUACUCGCACCGCGAAGCACCACGACCGACCUCCCCGCCCAUGUCGCCCCACCCCGGCGUGAUGCCCGGGGCGGGCGCGCUGCCCGGGGCGCCGCUGGGGGCGCGCUACUCGCCCGGCGCGCUGCAGGUCCGCCGCGCCGCGGUUGUGCUGCAGCCACCUACCACCGUGUGAGAGUGCACAGGCAGCGCUAUCGUCGCUGGAACAGGAAGCCAAAGAAAAUGUAUUUGCGGUUUUAGACCCGCAUAUACAAUACGAGAUAACUAUUAAUAAUCACGGGGAACCCCCUAAGUACUUGUCUCUGUCUAAACCCUUAACAC